AUCCAAACACGUGAAAUAUCCAAAACCACCAAUUCUAACACAGAGCCUCACCUUCGCUCUUCCUUCCAUCCUUCUCUGUACCCUUAUUAUUAUUAAUUAUCUUUUUAUUGGAUUGAAGCGUCCAAAGUGAAACAGGUCAAUGUUGCAUGCAAUCUCUGUUCCGAACACUUGCUUUUGGUAUCCAAGAAGCCGAUGUUUUGGUCAAAGGAAUCGAGGAUCAAGAAGACUUUGUUUGCGAGCUUCUUUGGCAGAUAAUAAUGGUGGAUUUAAAGUGGAGUAUACACCCUGGUUGAUUGUUGGAUUGGGUAACCCUGGAAUUAAGUAUCAUGGAACUCGGCACAAUGUUGGUUUUGAAAUGAUUGAUCAAAUUUCUCGAUCGGAGGGGAUUGUUUUGAAUACUAUACAGUCAAAAGCUCUAAUUGGAAUAGGUGCCAUUGGAGAAGUCCCAAUUUUGUUGGCAAAACCUCAGGCAUACAUGAAUUUCAGUGGGGAAUCAGUUGGGCCUCUUGCUGCCUAUUAUCAAGUUCCCUUGCGGCACAUUUUGUUGGUAUAUGAUGAGAUGAGCUUGCCGAAUGGUGUUUUGAGGCUUCAGCCGAAAGGAGGACAUGGCCAUCAUAACGGAGUGAAGAGUGUGAUGGGCCAUUUGGAUGGCAGUCGUGAGUUUCCUCGGUUAUGCAUAGGCAUUGGAAAUCCACCUGGUGCUAUGGACAUGAAAGCUUAUCUUCUACAGAAGUUCAGUCCUGUGGAGCGAAAUCAGAUCGAUGAGGCGCUGGAUCAAGGAGUUGAGGCAUUGAGGACACUGGUGCUGGGUGGGUUCAGCCAAAAGAUCACAAGAUUCAAUUUAGGGCAGAAGUACAAGCAUCACAAAGUUUGACAAUAUCCAUAUCAACCAUUUCAUCAUACUACAUUACAUGUAUGUUACCAAGCCACGGGUGACAUGGUUAGUAUGUAUAAACAUUUUUAAGCAUCUGUUCAUUUUCUUCUCCAGGCAACUCUUCUGAAUCUGU